CAGCUGCCUCUUGCACACCCCCUACUGGGGAUAUGCCUGUAACCAAGGUACCUACUCCUAACUGGGAUUGAACCUGGGACCUUUCAGUCCACAGGUUGACGCUCUAUCCACUGAGCCCAGCCGGUUUCGGCAGUUGGUUCAUUCUUAUUGCUGCAUGAUAUUCCACUGUGGGAACAGACCACAAGUGACUCAUGCUAGGGUAUAUGGGCACUUGGGUUGUUGCCAGUUUGGGGCUAUGACAAAUAGUGCCCGUGGGUAUGUCUAUGGGGUGAACUGCGGGGUCAGAGGAGAGCUGUACAGUCAAUGUUUGUCGACCAAACAGUUUUCCAACUUGAGUGAAUUGGUCUACAUUCCAACCAGCGGUGUGUGACAGUUUCAGGGGCUGGAUGCUCUCCCCAGCACUUGGACAACCUGUGCCCAUCUUGAAAGAAGGCAACUGAGGCCCAGAUAGGGGCAUGUGCUGCCUCCUCUGGUCAGUGAGAGAUUUGGCACCUCCUCUCCUCCCGCAUCCUGCCCCCACUGUGCCCUCCCAACCUGGCUGUGGGGUGGGGUGGGACAGGCCGGGUCACGUGGAGUAGCGUUCAGCAGGAGGAAGCCAGGCAGUGUGCAGACGGCUGUUGCGUCUGGGGCUGAUCAGGAAAUCAAGGAGAAUCCCCACCAUGGACCCGCUGUCAAGAAGCCAGUCCUCCGAAACCCAGCAGGCAGCCCAAACCCCGCUAACCUCCUAUCGCUGGCACACAGGAGGUGGGGGAGAGAAGGGAUCUGGAGGGUUCCACUGGGGCCGCCUUGCCAGCUGGGGGAGGGCACUGAGCCACCAGGAACCCAUGGUCAGCAGCCAACCUGCCCGUCGCUCGCUGUUCCGUCGUGUCGUCUCCGCGCCCCCCAAGGAGUCUCGCAAGAACCACCUCAGGCUGUCCAAGUCCCUCUGGGGGAGGCAUAAGAGCCCACCGCUGGAGCCAGAGCCGGAGCCAGAAGCCUCAGAGCCGGAGCCAGAGCCGGAGCUCCCAACCCCACAGAUCCCUGAGGCCCCCCCACCUGAUGUGCCCGUCUGGAACAUCGAAGCCUUCACUCUGCUGGACGGGAGGCUGGUGCUGCUCGGGGGUGAGGAAGAGGGGCCUCGCCAGUCCAGGAUGGGGAGUGCCAGCUCUGAGAGCAGCAUCCAGGUGGCCCUGGGGAACCUCAGGGAUGCAGACCGAGUGCAUGGGAAGACUGAGCCAGAGGCUGCUGGCCCCAACCAGGUCCACAACGUCCGGGGGCUGCUCAAGCGGCUGAAAGAAAAGAAAAAGGCCAGGUCAGAGUUGGGAGCCAACGCCUCUCGGGAUGGGCCCCCCAGUGCUCUGGGCUCUCGGGAAUCGCUAGCCACACUCUCCGAACUGGACCUGGGUGCCCAGCGGAAUGUGCGGGUUUGGCCACUGCACCCCAGCCUCCUGGAUGAGCCCCACUGCUUCCAGGUACAUGCGGGCAGCUCUUCGCGUCCUCCUGAUCCUUUGGCUUCAGGCUCGGUCUCCACUGCGACCUGGAAUGCCCUUUCCCCACAGGUAACUUGGGCAGGCGGGAGCCGCUGCUUCUCGUGUCGCUCGGCCGCUGAGAGAGACCGCUGGAUCGAGGACCUUCAUCGCCACUUCCAGCCUAGCCAGGACAACGCGGAACGCGAGGAGACGUGGCUGAGCGUGUGGGUGCACGAAGCCAAGGGGCUGCCCCGGGCGGCGGCGGCGGCGGGGGCGCCAGGAGCGCGCGUGGAGCUGUGGCUGGACGGCGCGCUGCUGGCGCGCACGGCGGAGCGGGCCGGGCCGGGCCCGCUCUUUUGGGCGGAGCGCUUCCACUUCGAGGCCCUGCCGCCGGCGCGCCGCCUGUCGCUGCGGCUGCGGGGAGCGGGCCCCGGGGGCGCCCCGCUGGGCCGCGCAUCCCUGGCGCUGGAGGAGCUGGGCGCCCCCCGCGCGCCCGCCGCCGGUCUGGAGCGCUGGUUCCCGCUUCUCGGGGCGCCGGCCGGCGCGGCGCUGCGGGCGCGCAUCCGGGCGCGGCGCCUGCGCGUGCUGCCCUCGGAGCGCUACAAGGAGCUGGCGGAGUUCCUCACCUUCCACUACGCGCGCCUGUGCGGGGCCCUGGAGCCGCAGCUGUCGGCGCAGGCCAAGGAGGAGCUGGCGGCUGCCAUGGUGCGCGUGCUGCAGGCCACCGGCCGGGCGCAGGCAUUGGUGACAGACCUGGGAACCGCGGAGCUGGCACGCAGUGGAGGCCGCGAGGCGCUGCUGUUCCGGGAAAACACAUUGGCCACUAAGGCCAUCGAUGAGUACAUGAAGCUGGUGGCACAGGACUACCUCCAAGAGACGCUGGGGCAGGUCCUGCGGCGAAUCUGUGCCUCCACUGAGGACUGUGAGGUGGACCCCAGCAAGUGCCCAGCCUCAGAGCUGCCCCAGCACCAAGCCAGACUGCAGAGCAGCUGUGAGGAGGUCUUCGAGGACAUCAUCCACUCCUAUGACUGGUUUCCAGCAGAGCUGCGCACCGUGUUCUCAGCCUGGCGAGAAGCAUGCAAGGCACGAGGCUCUGAGGCACUGGGCCCCCGGCUGGUGUGUGCCUCUCUCUUCCUGCGGCUCCUGUGUCCCGCCAUCUUGGCACCCAGCCUCUUCGGCCUGGCACCACAGCACCCAGCACCUACCCCGGCCCGCACCCUCACAUUGAUUGCCAAGGUCAUCCAGAACCUUGCCAACCGAGCCCCGUUUGGUGAGAAGGAAGCCUACAUGGGCUUUAUGAAUAGCUUCCUGGAGAAUCAUGGACCUGCCAUGCAACACUUCCUGGAUCAAGUGGCCAUGGUGGAUGUGGAUGCAGCACCCAGUGGUUACCAGGGCAGCAGUGACCUAGCCCUCCAGCUGGCAGUCCUGCAUGCCCAGCUCUGUACCAUCUUUGCUGAACUCGACCAGGCAACCCGCGACAGCCUGGAACCCCUGCCCACCAUCCUGCAAGCCAUUGAGGAAGGCCGUCCUGUACCUGUGUCUGUGCCAAUGCGUCUUCCACCACCACCCCCAGCCCAGGUCUAUCCCAGUUUUUCCACAGGGGAGAAGCCCGGCUUCCUGCCCCCUCGGGACCUCCCCAAGCACACCCCUCUCAUAUCCAAGAGCCAGUCUCUGCGCAGCGUCCACGGCUCGGGAAGUUGGGCCCGGCAGCGGCCGGAGGAGGAGCGGCCCCCACGGCUGCCCCGGCCGGUGAAGCGCACGCAGAGCGUCCCGGCCGGCCGCCCGGCUCGCCGCUGCCCUUCCGCAGCGGGACCUCGGCCUCGACCCAAGGGCUCCCUGCGCUCCGGCCCCCAUCCCCGCGGCCGGCCCUGGACCGGGGCCUCGGCCUCGCUGCCUCGGAAGCCGUCCGUGCCCUGGCAGCGCCAGCUGGAUCAGCCUCGAGGCACAGACCAGGCGCUAAGCCCGCACCGACCCAUGGGCAAGCUGACGGAGCUGCAGGGCGAGGUGGCCACCCUGCGCGAGGAGCAGAAGGUGCUGUCGGGCCUCGUGGAGUCCCUGCGCACCCACCUCCGGACCUUGACGGAGCAGCAGCAGCAGCUUCGCAGCCAGCUGGAAGGCCUGGCCUCCAGGCUUCAGGGAAGGACCCCUCAUUUGGCUCCAGAGUGCAACCCACCAAGCAAUGAGGCCAACAAGCUGGAAAAUCUGGAGCGCCGCCUGUCUGAAAUGGAGAGUUCUCUAGCCCCACUGAGGGAUGCCGUCCAGAGCCUGCAGCAUCUUCAUACGAUGACGCCAGGGUCCAGGAGCCAGCCCCUGCCUCUCAAAGCACGCUGCGUGAACGGAGACACCACCUGAGCUGCCCACUCCACCACCCCACGUGGUCUGGGAGCAAAAAGAUACCUGUUGUAGGGGCCCUGCCUCGGCCCUACAUGGCCUACAGUGUGGAGUGGAGCUGUUGAUGGCAACUAGCCUGGCGCUGUGAAGUUGCCCAGUAAAAUCUUGAUUUCAGUAAAA